GUAGAAUUCGAGUUGAAAAAUGGAAGCCACAUUUGGGUUAAUCCUAAGCAGCAUAGUUGUAGCAGCAUCACUUACAUGGGCUGCGAAGCUGCUAAAUACGUUCUGGCUUCGCCCGAGAAAGAUCGAGAAGCUUCUGAGAGAACAAGGUCUGGGCGGGAAUCCUUACAGAUUGAUCGUGGGAGACAUGACUGACUUUAUGAAAUCCAUCAACGAAGAACAGCCUAAAUCCAUCGAAAUCUCGGACGCGCAUAUGCCUCAUGUUCUUGCAUACGAGCAUCGGAUCAUCUCCACGUACGGUGGUGGCAACUGUUUCUACUGGUUGGGUCCGUGGGCGCGGCUGGUGGUGACUGAUCCGGAGCUCAUAAAGGAGAUAGUGCGGAGAUUUGAUGUUUUCGUGAGGCCCUUUCCAGAACUAACGAGGACCCUCGUUGGCGGCGGCCUUCUGUCUGCCGAGGGGGAAGAAUGGGUUAAACGCAGGAAGAUUGUGGACCAUGCUUUCCAUGUCGACAAGUUGAAAGAUAUGGCGCCGCGAAUAGUUUUAAGUUGUUCCUUGAUGAUUCAAAAGUUGAAGGCUGCGGCUGCUACUAGUUGCGAACUCGAUGUCUGGCCAUUCAUUGAAGAUCUAACCGGCGAUGUGAUUUCGCGCGCAGCAUUCGGCAGCAGCUAUGAACAAGGAACACGGGUGUUUGAGCUCAUACGUCAGAGAGUAGACCUCACCAUGCCACUACUGCAGUUUUUCUAUCUGCCAGGAUAUAAAUAUCUUCCCACCAAAUCAAAUCGGAAGGUGAAAGCCAUUAGCAGUGAGAUGAAAACCAUACUAAGAGGCGUGAUCCACAUGAGGGAGAAGGCGAUGGAGAGGGGAGAAGACGUUCCCAAAGACGACUUGCUGGGCAUCCUAAUGGAGAAUUCCAAGAAUGGAGGAUUGAUGAGCAUUGAAGAUGUGAUCGAGGAGUGCGAGCUCUUCUACUUGGCCGGUUCAAAGACAGUUGCCGGUCUGCUGGUGUGGACGCUCGUCAUGCUCUGCGCCUACCCGGAAUGGCAAACUCAAGCAAGGGAAGAAGUCAAUCGAGUUUUCGGCAACUCGGAGCCAGCUCUUCAAGGCCUACAUCACCUCAAAAUUGUGACCAUGAUCCUCCAAGAAGUGCUACGGUUGUACCCCACGAAUGCUGUGAUUUAUCGAUGCUCUUCAGAGGAGGUGAAGGUCGGAAAUGUGACAAUUCCAGCAGGGGUGCAUUUGUCACUGCUCAUAGGGCUUAUCCAAACUGAUCCCAAGAUUUGGGGAGACGACGUCAACAAGUUCAACCCUGAGAGGUUCGCACAAGGGGUCGCCAAGGCCACCAACAACCAACCAGUCUUCACACCCUUCAGUUCGGGGCCUCGCAUGUGCAUCGGCCACAACUUCGCCAUGAUUGAAGCUAAAUUAGCUAUCGCGACGCUUCUGCAGCAUUUCUCCUUUCAGCUCUCGCCCUCUUAUAAGCACGCUCCUUUCGCCCUUUAUAAAUUGCGACCACAGUACGGCGCUCCACUUAUCUUACGCCCUCUUCACUAGAUACUACCCAUGUCUCAAACCCAUCUCUCUACUUAUAUAUAUAUUUAUGAGCUUUUUAUGUAAUUUCCCACAUGCAUGCUUGUAUAUAUCCAUCAUCAAUAAUAUCAAUUCAAUCAAUAACUAUAUAUUAUGAAAGACUCUUCUUUUACAAAA